UGGCUCAACACCGCAGGAGAAAGUGAGAAAUUGGUGGGAGUAGAAACAGGGAAAUAGAGACUAGAGAGAUAGAGAGGGACUCUGGUGAAGUCAGGUAUGUGCCGCGAUUAAAAAGUAGAGAGAAGUGGCCUCAGUGGUGAGGUAAGAGGAGAGAGAACCCGAAGGUUUCUUCUCCGCUUCUAGCCGUUUUCGACACUUUUUGAACCAGAGGUACUGUUACUUGAGUAAUUGAGACCCUAAUUUGUUUGCUGGUGUGAAGAGAUGGAGAAUCCAGAUGGAGCUGAGACAAAGGAUCAAACAACUGGUGCUGGAAUGGUUGAUAAAUACAAUGUUGAAUCUGCAGAAAUUCUAGCCAAUAGCGCACAGCAUUUGCCCAUUUCUCAGGCAGCACCAAUAUAUGAGCAACUUCUGUUGUUGUUUCCAACAGCUGCAAAAUUUUGGAAGCAAUAUGUGGAGGCAUAUAUGGCUGUAAACAAUGAUGAUGCUACAAAGCAGAUAUUUAGCCGGUGUUUAUUGAAUUGUCUUCAAGUUCCUCUUUGGCGCUGCUACAUUCGAUUCAUUAGGAAGGUCAAUGAGAAAAAGGGCGUAGAGGGACAAGAAGAAACAAGAAAAGCUUUUGAUUUUAUGCUUGGUUAUGUUGCAGGUGCUGACAUAGCAUCUGGACCUGUAUGGAUCGAGUACAUCACCUUUCUAAAGUCACUGCAGGCUCUAAAUGCACAGGAAGAGUCACAGCGGAUGACUGCUGUACGGAAAGCAUACCAAAAAGCCAUUGUUACUCCUACCUAUCAUGUUGAGCAACUUUGGAAGGACUAUGAAAAUUUUGAAAACUCUGUUAGCCGACAAUUGGCCAAAGGACUAUUAUCUGACUAUCAACCAAAAUAUAACAGUGCUAGGGCUGUCUAUAGGGAGCGGAAGAAAUAUGUUGAUGAAAUUGAUUGGAAUAUGCUAGCUGUACCACCAACUGGCUCCCACAAGGAAGAACUGCAGUGGAUGGCUUGGAAAAGACUUUUAGCUUUUGAAAAAGGAAACCCCCAAAGGAUAGACAGUGUGUCCUCCAAUAAGCGAAUUGUAUUCACCUAUGAGCAGUGCCUGAUGUAUUUGUACCAUUAUCCUGAUAUAUGGUAUGACUAUGCUACUUGGCAUGCAAAAAGUGGCUCUACAGAUGCUGCAAUCAAAGUAUUUCAACGGGCUUUAAAGGCUCUUCCAGAUUCAGAAAUGCUGAAAUAUGCAUAUGCUGAGUUGGAAGAAUCCCGUGGAGCAAUCCAGCCAGCAAAGAAAAUAUAUGAAAGUCUUUUGGGUGAUGGUGUUAAUACAACAGCACUAGCACAUAUACAAUUCAUUCGCUUUCUAAGAAGGAAUGAAGGGGUAGAAGCAGCACGCAAGUACUUCCUAGAUGCUCGCAAAUCCCCAAACUGCACGUAUCAUGUGUAUGUUGCAUAUGCCUUGAUGGCGUUUUGUCUUGACAAGGAUCCAAAGAUGGCACACAAUGUUUUCGAAGCAGGAUUGAAACGAUUUAUGCAUGAGCCUGUAUAUAUUCUCGAAUAUGCAGAUUUCUUGUCUCGUUUGAAUGAUGACAGAAACAUCCGGGCUUUGUUUGAGAGGGCAUUAAGCUCGUUGCCACCAGAAGAAUCUGUUGAGGUCUGGAAACGAUUUACUCAAUUCGAGCAAACAUAUGGAGAUCUAGCUAGCAUGUUAAAGGUUGAGCAAAGAAGAAAAGAAGCUCUUUCGAGGUCAGGUGAAGAUGGAGCAUCAGCAUUAGAGGGUUCGUUGCAAGAAGUCGUCUCACGGUAUAGUUUCAUGGAUCUUUGGCCAUGCUCUUCCAAGGACUUGGAUCAUUUAUCCCGUCAAGAGUGGCUUGCUAAAAAUAUUAGUAAGAAAAUGGAGAAGUCUGCAAUUUCUAAUGGACUUGGGAUUGUAGAUAAGGAUAGUACAGGUCUGACAAGCAAUUCAGCAGUAUCUGCAAAAGUUGUUUAUCCAGAUACUUCUUGUAUGGUGAUUUAUGAGCCAAGGCAAAAGCAUGAGGCUGGAAUUUCUCCAAGCACGACCCCUGGGUUAGUUACUGCUUCCAACAUGUCUAAUCCCAUUAUUGGUUUGGUGGGUUCUGGAGCAACCAAUGCAUUUGAUGAAGUAUUGAAAGCAACACCUCCGGCACUGAUGUCUUUUUUAGUAAACUUGCCUACAGUUGAAGGUCCAACACCAAAUGUGGAUAUUGUAUUAUCAAUUUGUUUGCAGAGUGACAUACCAAAUGGGCAGGCGGGAAAGUUAGGGACUUCCCCUGCUCCUGCUACAAGUGACCUUUCUGGUUCGAGCAAGUCUCGUCCUGUCCCUAGUGGUUCAUCUUUCAAACAGUUGAGAGAUAGACAAUCUGGAAAAAGGAAGGACUUAGACAGGCAAGAGGAGGAUGACACUGCAACUGUCCAAAGCCAGCCACUACCAAGAGAUGCUUUCAGAAUAAGACAGAUUCAAAAAGCCCGUGUAGGUACAACUUCACAAACAGGAUCAGCAUCCUAUGGAAGUGCUCUUUCUGGAGAUCUCUCUGGUAGCACUGGCUGAUACUUGUUUCCUCCACACCCCCCCACCCCACCCCCUCAUUCUUUUGUAAAUUGGCUUAUGUAUUUAAUAUUAUUAUCCGGGCUGAUAUUUGUUUCCAUUUUUAAUUUAAGCAAAUAAUUGUAUUUUAAUUAUUAAUGUAAAACUUUAUUCAGUUUCCAUCAUAAAGUUUUGAAGUUGUCUUU